AUGUCAAAUCGGAUGCUUGUUUUAGUUGGUCUACCAGGCUCUGGUAAAAGCACCAUAUCCAAUAAGCUAAUUCAAUGCCGAAAGGAUUGGCAAAGGGUAAAUCAAGAUGACAUGAAGAGUAGAAAAGCAUGCGAGAUGUAUACCAAAAAGUACCUCGAUCAACGUCAAAAUGUCAUUGUCGAUCGUUGCAAUUUUGAUCGCAGUCAGCGAAAAACGUGGAUAGACAUUGCCCAGCACUACAAGGUGCCCAUUGACUGCAUUGUGCUCACUGCCGGUCAACAAGACUGCGGCGAUCGCAUCAUGGUGCGAGAACAACAUCCCACUGGUGUCCAUGGAAGAAAUGGCGUCCAUAUUUUGCGCCGAUUUGUGAGAGAUUACCACCCUCCUACAUUGGACUUUAACGAAGGGUUUUCUCGCAUUCUUUAUUUAGAUCCUAGUCCAGAUACGGUAUGUACCGUAGAACGCAUCGAUGAGAUUUUUGCUUUAUUAGACCAGUGCCCGUUACUGUUACCCCCAUUCUCCUCAGACGAUGCGCCAUCUCAAGUUCGCUAUGAAAAGCCCCAAAUCACUGUAGAUAGCGAUGGCUGGUCAACCAUUCCUGUUACAUCAAAGAACGAUCCUCAAGAAUAA